UCCUGGGCUACAAGAAAUAUAUAAGCUGAUUGAGGCGUUUGAAUUAAAGAGAGUUUAAUUGUUGUAACAGAAGCUUUUAACCAGCUGAGGAUGGGUAAAACAAAGGACUCCGGGGAAGAUGAGAGACCCCAAUGGGACAACAAGGCGCAGUACCUGUUGACAUGUAUCGGCUUUGCAGUGGGACUUGGAAACGUUUGGCGUUUUCCUUACCUAUGCCAAAUAUACGGAGGAGGCGCGUUCCUCAUCCCCUACCUGAUAGCUCUGGUGUUCGUGGGCCUCCCCCUGCUCUACCUGGAGCUGGCCAUAGGACAGAGGCUCCGCAAGGGCAGCAUCGGUGUCUGGAACUCCAUCUCACCAAUGCUGGGUGGGCUUGGUGUUGCCUCUAUGGUGGUGUCAUUCCUGGUGGCCAUUUUCUACAACACCAUCCUGGCCUGGGUUCUCUGGUAUUUCUUUCACUCCUUCCAAAAUCCGCUGCCGUGGAGCCAGUGUCCACUAAAUGAAAAUCACACAGGUUAUAAUGUAGAGUGUGAGAAGAGCACUCCGUCAAAUUACUUCUGGUACCGUGAGACCCUGAACGUCACGCCUGACAUUGAGACUAGUGGCUCCGUGCAGUGGUGGAUGGUGAUCUGUCUGGCCAGCGCCUGGUGCAUUGUCUACAUCUGUUUCAUCAAUGGCAUCCAGUCCAUUGGAAAGGCUGUGUAUGUGACAGCCACCUUCCCUUACCUGGUGCUGACCAUCUUCCUGAUUCGUGCCCUCACUCUGCCCGGAGCUAGUGAUGGACUGUCGUACCUCUUCACUCCUGAUUGGGAGGUCCUGAAGAACCCCCAGGUGUGGCUGGACGCUGCAACCCAGAUCUUCUUCUCCCUUUCUGUGGCCUUUGGAGGUCUCAUAGCAUUCUCCAGCUAUAACGAAGAGAAAAACAACUGCGAGAGGGAUGCUCUUGUUGUUGGGAUAAUAAAUAGCGCCACAUCUCUGUAUGCCUCCAUAUCCAUCUUCGCCAUCCUGGGAUUUAAAGCAACUACUGGCUUUAACAAGUGUCUACACGAAAACAUCUUGGAUCUGACGAACCACUUUGAGUUUUCCGACCAGAAUAUAACACUGGAGAACUACGAGCACUGGUUUGAGUAUCUAAAUCAGACGUCUCCUGAUCAGGUGGCCAAUUUGCAACUGAGGCACUGUGACCUGCAAACAUUCCUUGACGAGAGCGCCUCAGGUACCGGCCUGGCUUUUAUUGUGUUCACUGAGGCAGUGGUAGAGAUGCCAGGCUCGCAGAUAUGGGCCAUAUUGUUCUUCAUCAUGCUCUUCAGCUUGGGCCUCUCCUCCAUGUUUGGCAACAUCGAGGGAGUCCUCACGCCCAUCCAUGACCUUAAUCUGGUGCCAAAGUGGAUCCCGAAUGAACUUGUAACAGCCAUCACGUGCUUGGUAGCCUUCCUGACGGCUCUUAUCUUCACACUGGGCUCCGGGAACUACUGGGUGGAGGUGUUUAACAGCUACGUGGGCUCCGUACCUCUGCUCAUCAUUGCAUUCUUCGAGUUAAUUGGAGUCAUUUAUGUCCGUGGAAUGAAAACUUUCAGUGAAGACAUCCAGUUCAUGACUGGGAAGAAGCCCAACAUCUUUUGGAGGGCCUGCUGGAUGGUGAUCAGUCCCUUAAUGCUAAUGGGCGUGCUGAUUGCCUACGUGGUCAUUCAGGCACAGAAACAUCCCACCUAUUUUGCAUGGAACCCAGAAUAUGAACUAUUCCCUGCAACUGAAGUAAGGCCAUACCCAGACUGGGCCUUUGCCAUAAUCAUCCUCCUCAGUGUGCUCCCUGUGAUUUCCAUCCCUGUGGUGUUUUUCUACAAACUGAUCGGCUAUCUGCGCAAGAGGUCCUCCACACAAGUCGAACUAAACCACUACUGCAACGACGGCUUUGAGGUGGAAACGCAAGAACAGCGGAAACAGGAAGCUUAG